AUGAACCAGUUUCAACUACCAUCUUUAAUGUCUACUGAAGCACAAUCACCCCAAGAGGUCAGCGGCCAAUCCGCAUUUUGGAUCCUCGCUUCAUUGGCCGCAGCAGCAGUUGUCCUCCCCUCUACCAGCAGUCGCAUGUCAGGUCGGGAUCUUUUCGGCGGCAACAUCGACCUUGUGAGAUGUAUCCCAGGGGUUUCCCUGCUCGAUAGCAUCUGUGACACAAUCUUGCUGUGCUUGAGCACCUACAGAGUCCUCAGGGCACCCAAGCCAGUGCAACGUGCACGCCGAGCGUUGCCAAAAGUCAGUGUGGUUGCUGCCAAGCUGAUGCUGUCAAUCUUCACUGUGUUUCCUCAAAUUAUCAAGGCUAUCAGCUUGAAAGGUGUUCCAGCGACACAGUUUUGCGCCUUUGUUUUCUUUUAUGCAGCGACUACCAGACUUCUGAUUGACCUGUGUGGCUUGGAGCCUGAGGAACCAUUCACUCCCCCAGACGAAGGAGAUAACUCUCUGGACAUCAUUGUCCUCCUCGUGCUACCUUUCCAGGCUCCUUUCCAACUUUGGAUCUGGCAUAGAAUCGUCCUCUCAGUCAAGUUCCAACUAUCAGACACCUUUUACCGAAUCUGUACUUGGUCCUCGCUUGCUUUAAAUCUCAUGGGUAGAUUGUUCGCCUUGCCAAUCGAGACUCCCGAGACGUCCGAAGCUUUGACGGAAGAAGGGGAACGUCCAACCGAUGAUAGCCAACAAGGCGCGGAUGCGGAAAAAGACGAAGAAGAGCCCCCAGUCAAACCAGAAGGGGGCCAGUUGGGAAGACUGGGUGGUAUAGUUGAUCGUUGGCUUGUGCGAUUUCUCCUCAUGGACACAACAGCUGAUAUCAGUAUCACACUGACAGUCUUCAAUCUGAUCACCACAAUUAUUUACUAUCUUGUAUACUUUGAUGGAACUGGGACAGUUAAUCCAGGAUGGACAAGCGUACUGGGCUAG